AACGUCACUCUCAAAAAAAUUGUUUAGAGGGCGCUGUACCGGCGGCAGAUCCAAGAAUCAAGAUGACGUCCCUUGUCACCGAUGUUCUGCUCGCAAACACGGAUCUGUUGGAAAAGGAAGACCUGGGGACGCGCAUCGGCAAAUUAUCAACUCACAUUGAUGAGAUCAAGGGUGAAAUCUACCACGCCGUACACAAGAAGUAUGCCAACUACAGACCCACCAGGGACUCCACCCAGGAGCUACACAACAAGGUGCAGACACUGUCCACUGAGAUGCAGACUCUCAGCAAUAAGAUCAAGGUCUUGACCCACAAGAUAACCAUUCCACCAGCACCUCUGACGUACCGGUGACUGGUGCUGCCAUAAGGAUCCUUAUCACUAUCGGACACAACAGCACUUCACCUCAGAGAUCUUCAAGAUUGAGAUCCAAAACCUCCCAAGACAUUUUGGAUUUGUGGUUAAACAACAUGGUGACUCCACUGUGGAACCAGCCGUAUGAGGACCAGCUAUCUACCAAACAGACCAACACCAGGGAGUUUCUGAGGAAUUUAUCCAAGAUGCUGCAAUGGAACAUUGGGGAGAUGUCUCCCUGUCUGAAGCAACAAAG